GAUUUAUUUGGGCCCGUAAUUGCACCAACAGCAGCAAGACUCCAGUCUAGAAAGGCUUCUCCCCCAUUUGCAGGUUUUUCUGUACAUAUCAAUGCCGAAUUUUGCAACAAGUCAAUGUUAGUUGUUCAUCUCAUGAAGGGAAAGGGUUCGGCAGCAGUUGCUUGUCGUGCUGUUUGGAGUCUCGCUAUUAGUCUUAUCUGGUGGGAGCGUUGUGCAAGAUUGUAUGGGGAGCAUUCUAUUAAAACCCCAGGUGUGCUUUGCAGAGAAGUUGGAAGAAUUCUGAAUUGGCGAGCGGAG